AUGAAGCUCCGCAGCGAGUCUCGCACAGUGGCUGCAUCUGAGACGCCCAUUGCCUUCAUGCUUCCCGCUACUUAUGCAAUCACUGUCAGCAACGCCUCCUCCCCUCUUUUCCGUCUACCUCAAGAGUUGAAAGAUCGCAUCUAUCAUUUCGUGUACGGAGGUCUGCACAUUCAUGUUGAGAACGAUUACAAUUCCGACCACUCAAGAAUCCGCCUAGCUGUUUGCAAGUUUACUAAGCAACACAAUAUCAACGAUUGUGCAGAGGAAAAGGGGCUUCACGUCGCUUCUCUGGUGACAUGCCGCCAAAUGUACCAUGAGGCACGGAGCGUGUUAUACUCCGCCAACAGUUUCAUCAUCUCUAGUCCUAGGUUAGUCGAUUCGUUCAUACGACGCCUCAAUGAUACCAGCUAUGACCGCCUCGCAGUGCGGAGUAUUCGCCUUCACGUUUACGUCCACGUCAGAAAUGAUGAACGCGAAUGGGACAAUACGUUUCGCUUCUUGACACAGAAUCUGAAGAAUCUUCGAUACAUAUCCAUCGAUGUAGACGUAUGCCCCUGGGAAUAUUUUUCCCCUAUGACGCGUCAACACAAUCCUACUUACGCAAAAAGGCUGUUCCUUCGGGACCUAGUGGAGUUCAAAAAGUUGCCGUUGAAGAAAGUCGAGCUUGUACUUGAAGGUUCUGAUAUUCUGGUAGGCAGGGCGCGUGAGGACAAAUACAUAUGGACGAACGCUCGGAAGCAAGAAUGGGUGCAAAGCAUGAAGAGCAAGAUGCUGGGCUCCGGUUGA